AUGCUGCGCUCGGCGCCGCCGGGCCGCUACCUGUACCCCGAGGUGAGCCCGCUGUCGGAGGACGAGGACCGCGGCAGCGAGAGCUCGGGGUCCGACGAGAAACCCUGCCGCGUGCACGCGGCGCGCUGCGGCCUCCAGGGCAGCCGGCGCAGGCCCGGGGGCCGGCGGGCAGGGGCCGGCGGGCCGGGAGCCGGGGGCCGGCCGGGCCGCGAGCCCCGGCAGCGGCACACAGCGAACGCGCGCGAGCGGGACCGCACCAACAGCGUGAACACGGCCUUCACGGCGCUGCGCACUCUCAUCCCCACCGAGCCGGCCGACCGCAAGCUGUCCAAGAUCGAGACGCUGCGCCUGGCCUCCAGCUACAUCUCGCACCUGGGCAAUGUGCUGCUGGCCGGCGAGGCCUGCGGCGACGGGCAGCCGUGCCACGCGGGGCCCGCCUUCUUCCACGCAGCGCGCGCGGGCAGCCCGCCGCCCCCGGCCCGCGACGCCGAGAACGCGCAGCCCAAACAGAUCUGCACCUUCUGCCUGAGCAGCCAGAGGAAGCUGAGCAAGGACCGAGACAGGAAGACUGCGAUACGGAGUUAGGAGGAGGAGGGCGCAGCGGCACGGGGGACCCUGGCGAGCCUCAGCCUGGACCUGCCCCUGGCUCUGAGCGGGGCCGAUGGACAGAUGGACAGAUGGACAGACAGCACUGGCGGCAGCACUCAGAGCGGCUCCAGCACCUGCCCAGGCCCACAGAACUUCCUGCCGUGGCCUCCGACCUGGGUUUGCCUCGGGGGCGACGUGCUGUCUUUGAUAUAAUAUAAAGUCUGGAAAUUUUGUAUAAGUAAAAAUGAAACCGUAUCUUCCAAACGUG